AAUAUUUUCAGAAAACAAUCUAAACAAAUCUAAUCGAACCAAUAUAAUUUUUUACUGUGAUUUUUUUUAUUAUAAUUUUGUGAUUUUAAUGAUUUAAAGUAUUAAAAAAAUGGAUGCAAAAGAUUCAGAAUAUAUGCAAGUAGCCCUUAACUAUGCUAAAGAAGCCCUAAAUGCACAAGAAGUACCAGUUGGCUGUAUUUUUAUUUACAAAGGUUUCAUAAUUGCAAGUGGACGAAAUACGGUAAAUGAAACUAAAAAUGCAACUCGUCAUGCCGAAUUCAAUUGUAUUGAUCAAGUUUAUGAAUAUUGUCGACUGAAUAAUUUACUUGUUGAUAAAGUUUUCCAAACGAUCGAUGUUUACGUUACCGUUGAACCUUGUAUAAUGUGUGCAGCUGCAUUAUUUGAAACUGGAAUACGAACAAUUGUUUACGGGUGUAAAAAUGAUCGAUUUGGUGGUGAAACUGUUGUGAAUGUAUCAAAUUUUGUUGAAAAUAAUUGUAAAAUUAAAGGAGGGCUAUUUGCAGAUGAAGCUAUGGAAUUAUUAAAAGAAUUUUAUAAGGGUGUAAAUCCCAAUGCACCUAAGCCGAAUAUUAAAGGUAAACAAAAAUCUUAAAAAUAUAGGAUAUUUCUUCUUUUUAUUUUUAAAUUUUGUAAUCUUAUGAUAUUGUUCUUCUUAUGAUAUAAAUAUAAAAUAAAUGCCAUAGAGGUAGUGGUGAUUACGGGUUCAUAUAAAUAUCAUACUAGGGUUGACUUAUAAUUUGGUAAAAACCAAUCGGGAUAUUUAAUAAAAUCGAAAUAUUUUCGGUUUGUAAAAUCGAAAAAU